AUGUCCCACCACAGGAAAAUUCGACCGCUUCUACGCGCGCUGCUGCUGCUGUCGCUGCCCCGCUUGGCAAUCAGAGCAUUCCUUGUGCUUGCACCAGGUGCAGUCGGUGUUGAUGACGAAGAUGCCGCCACAUUUGCAACAGAUUACAUCAGUGCUACCGGUGCUGUUGGCGAUGGUGUCAGCCAGAACCGCGGCACAUUUGGUAUGAAUUACUUUUAA